CAUACAGAACCAAUCAUGGUGUUUUCCUUUAUAACGUGCCGUGCCCACAGCUUAUGGUUAGAUGUGUCAGCUAAAGUAACCUGCACGUGGGAAGUAUGUCCUCCAUUUGCUCGAACAAACACCGAUAGAAAUUCAUUUUCUGGAUCUGAAGAAGAAAAAAUAAAUAGACGAGAGCAGAAAAACAAGGGGAGGAGAAGAAGACCAGUGAUUAAAAGCUCGAGAAAAUUGUUAAGAAAUAGUUGCAGACGACGAAAGAAAGAGAAGAAGACGAUUGGGGUUGAUUCGAUCGUCGAAACAAGAGCGAGAUUACUGAGGCUGUUAAAGUAUAUAUCAAUGGGUGAUUAUCACUUUAUAUACAAGGAUGUUGAAGGAAGGACGACACAGUGGGACGAUAUACAAACAAAGUUGGGCAAUUUACCUCCAAAGCCUGCUCCAUUCAAACCCCCUGCUUUCACCCCAGCAGAAGAUGAGAGUUCGAAACCAAAGGACAAAGCUUGGCUAGAUAAUAAAACUGAACAAGACCUUGAGGAUCUCGAAGAUGAUCCUGAACUUGAUGAUGACCGUUUCCUCGAAGAAUACAGAAAGCAAAGACUAGCAGAGAUGAGAGAAGCUGCCAAGAUAGCAAAGUUCGGAUCUGUAAUGCCGAUAUCAGGUGCAGAUUUUGUUCGCGAGGUCUCCCAGGCCCCAUCAGACGUUUGGGUAGUAGUGUGUUUGUACAAAGAAGGAAUUGCAGAGUGUGGGGUACUCUUACGGUGCCUGGAUGAACUAGCUACAAGAUACCCAGCAACGAAAUUCGUCAAAAUAAUAUCUACAGAAUGCAUUCCAAACUACCCAGAUCGUAAUGUUCCUACUAUUUUGGUUUACAAUAACAGUGCUGUCAAAGGAACAUAUGUAGGAUCACAUCAGUUUGGACGGAGGUGUACUCCUGAAGCUGUUGCAUUAAUCCUCUGCCAAUCCGAUCCUGUACUUAAUGAUGGGCAGAGUUCAAGUGAAUCAUCUAGAGAUGCAGUCCUCGAUCAAGUCCGCAGAAACUUUAUUGAGAAGGUCGUGACAGAGCGUGAAGAUGCAGAUGAUGGAUACAAUAGUGAUUAGAAUGUGAAAACUGCUUUCCGUUCAGAGAAAAAGAGAGAGAGAGGAGAUGUUGGUGUGCAAUAUUAGAUUGGUCAUGUUCUGUUUGAAUUUUAGUUAUGUCUUUUUUUGUGUUUAACAUGUAAUUGUCCACUUUAAAGUGUAUCAAAUUUUUCAUGCAAGGUUUCCUUUCUGAUGCUUCCCAGCUAAA